AUGCAAUUGUUCAACUGGCUCCAAUUCGUCAUGAUGUUAGCUGUUGUGCUUCAACUUGCUAUGGGCGAUUACAUCUCUGUAGAAGAGCUGCCACGAAAAUCUGUCGCCGAAUUAGCACGCAUAUUCCGAUCAAAUCCAGAGGCUAUGGCACGAUUCCAAGAACUAUUUGGUGACGGAAUGAACGGAGAUGUUGCCCGUUUGUCAAAUCUGCAACGACUUGGUUGA